UAAAACGCACAGCCAGCGAGUACAGAGGGAAACGAUUUUUGGUGAAGAAUGUCACAAAUGGCUGUUAAUGAGGCUAAAAAAGUUCUGCGACGCGAGUUGAAGAAAAGAAUUGCAGCUAUGACAGAUGAAGCAAAACUAACGGAAUCUACUUCGAUUGUGAACAAACUUCUUCGAAUGGAGGAAUACAAAUCAAGCAAGCGAAUCUCAGUCUAUCUCAGCAUGUCUUCUGAAGUUCAAACCGAAGGAAUAUUGAAGGAGCUUUUCCAGGCAAAGAAGGAAUGUUUUAUUCCUCGAUAUAUUGGCCUAAACAUGGACAUGGUUAAACUUCACUCCAUGGAAGACAUGAUGUCCUUACCAGUUACUUCCUGGAAUAUACAACAACCUGCAGAGGAUGAUGAAAGAGAAGAAGCCAUCUCUUCAGGGGGACUGGAUCUUAUCGUUGUUCCAGGACUUGGUUUCACAAAGAAUGGCCUCCGUCUUGGCAGAGGAAAGGGUUAUUAUGACUCGUACAUCAUGAAGUGCAUUCAAACGUGCAAAAAGAAGCCGCUUUUGAUCGGUUUGGCUUUUAGUUCUCAGAUCUGCGACGACCUACCAGUCACAGAAAGAGACAUGCCUUUGGAUCAUGUGAUCACAAGUGAACCAGAUUAGAAAAUUGGCGAAUUCAGAGUAAUAUUAUUAAAGGGGAAAAUAAACUAAUCAAGAAAGAAAAAAUGAAAAUGUCACUCUCGAGAACUACAUUACACAAACGCUGGUAAUUUUCUUAUUUUGAAAAGCUGAUCAAAGACAGGCUUGCAAAAGUUGUCAAUAAGUCAGUGACAGUGUCGCCAUUCGGGACACAAAAGACGAUUUGCCACACAUGUUUAGUAUUCUAUUCAAGGGUUUGUGGAUGUAUUUCACUUAACUAAUGUUUUAAAUUGGAGCAGCCAUUUCUAAGUGUCGCAACUCAAAAUGUCGCAAAUUGAACACCUGCGCAGCCGAUAAAUUUCAUAUUCUCUUUUUGUAAUAGACAAACAACUAACCCAGGCGUGCAGUGAGAAGUACGCAUGCGGAUACCUUUCGUAGUGCGUUUUCUGAUUCCACGCUUCCAACGUGUUUGAUUUUUCUACCAACGUGGCGCUGUUAAUUUCAUAGUUCGGAAAUGUAUUAACCAAAUGCCAUUAAGAAAAACAGAUGAAUAGAAUGGAAAAUAAAUUAAAAUGAUGCAGCUGAA